AUGUCGCUGAAGGUACUAUUAUUACUAAGUUUGUUCGCAGUGAUCGAAAUUCCUGCUAUUUUGCCUAGAGUUCGACUCUUGACCAGUUUCUAUGGCAAGCCACAGAAUAGGUUUGAACUUACUUAUUCAUUUGGAUCCCCAAGACCAGAUGAAAUACUAGUCCACAAUCGUUUCUCCAAACGGGUCGAUUACAACUAUCCGACCAAUGUCGUUGGUUUUAGUAAAACAAUCCAAGACAGCCGUUAUAUAAUAAAUCGUGCUGAAGUGAUAUCGAUUCAAAGCACUGUAAGUGGAGAUGCAAGGAUAACACAAGGUGAUAUUGGUCAAAGUUUUUUGCAUGUCGUUGUGAAUGCCUACAAUACCAUGCACUUCCAGUUUAACCUAAAGGUAUAUGCCGUCAGGGCACAUUAAUUGUUGCUUAUAUUUUGAUAUAAAUACGGUCUGUCCAAUAGGCAAAUGCAAUUUUAAUAAACGCUUAUUACGAUAA